CGUUUAAGCAAUACUCCUCUUAGUGAUAACUAUGUAGAAUUAAUUUAUCAUAAUGUAUUUUUAAGUACACAAAUCCAUUAAAAAUGAACGAAUUCAUAGAAAAAUUCAACUCACACGACUUCAAUGCGGACGAAUAUGUUAAAGAAUUAACGCAAAAAUGCAUCGGUGGACAGGAAUUGCAACAGGAGAAGGUUAAAAUACAGGCUUUGAGUGAUGAAACUGCUAAUUCGUUGAAGAAAAAUGUUUACCAGAACUAUAUGCAGUUUAUUGAAACUGCUAAAGAGAUUUCACAUUUGGAAUCUGAAAUGUAUCAACUAUCACAUUUAUUAGGAGAACAAAAAGUUCUUUUAUCUGCCAUAGCCACUUCAUCUAUUACUGGUAAAACGAGGGAUCCAUUCAGUCAAGGCGAUAAAAAUGAUAAAGAGAAUGAAGAUACCAUAUCAGUAGAAGAAAAGAACAAAAAUGAUAUCCAAUCAGUUAUUAAUCGAGUUGAAGGCCUAACUACAGAAUUAGAUUCAGUCCCUGAUAGAGUUCUUCUGCACGAAGGGGAUUUAUUGGAAUUAGAGCCACUGAAUCAUGGGCCUUUGAGACGUGUACAUUUAUUUCUGUUUAAUGACAUACUUUUAGUUGCUACAUGGAUGCCAUCAAGACGCGGUCCCAAGCGUUUCCAGUUCGAUGUAAUUUACUCCAUAGGAACAUUAGCCGUAGUUAAUGCUAGAGAUUUAGGGCCAGUACAAAAUGCAUUUAAAUUACUAGUCUUUCCCGAUACCAGAGUUCUACAAUGUAGUAAUCCGACAAGCAAAAGCGAGUGGCUUGAAAAGUUUGAGAAAUCCAAAAAAGUGCAACACACCGAGACAAAUGUUGAGGAGACAAAGAGGCCGCCCAGGAAAAAGGAUCUGAAGUCAAUUGAUCGGAGUAUCAGUGAUGAGCAGAGUUCAUAUAGUACAAAUUCCUUAAACGAAAUAGAAAAGCCAGUACACCCCGAUUGGGUAAUGCAAUCGCCUGACGAAUUGCAAGUAUUAGUUGCCCAACGUCAUUUUGAUGAUGCCUUAGUAUUACUUCAACAAACACAAGAAUAUAUUAAAACUAACGAACAAAACUGUCCGACAUUGGGCGAACUAAAAACAAAAAUUGAAAAUGGUAAAGCCUCCUUAGCCAAUGUAUUGAUGUCAGAGCUGGCAGUUCCCCAAGGAAGAUCCUUAUGUGCUGCCUUAAGAGCUUCUAGGAACACUGUUAAAUUAUUAGUACAACUUAAUCAUGCAUCUCAGGCUUGUGAUCUUUUCCUAAAAGUAUCAAGUAACGCCCUACGAGCUGGACAAAGGCAGGCAAGACGUGAAGGACCCCAUGCUCAUAUUGGCCUGAUGUCGAGUCCUGUGCCUAAACUUGCUGAACUCUUCUUUUGUGAUAUUGCCGAAGUCUGUCGGGAAUUCUUGAAAUUAUUCGCUAACGAGAAAUCAUGCUUCAGUGCUUUUGUUGUAUGGACCGGUGUGGAGUUAGGAGUCUUCAUAAGUCACCUAGUGAAACAUUGGAUGUCACCAGGAACUCCUUUACAAGAUAUUGCAGUCUGUGUCGAUGCUGUUAGAAAACCUUGCAGUCAACUCACAGAAUUAGGCUUAGACCUAGGGUACAGGUUGGAAGGCUUGUUGAGGAUUCCAGUGGAGAAAGCGUUACAAGAUUGGAAGACUCGUUUAUGCGACAGUGCCAUUACAAGAAACGACGACCGAUGGCAACCGACGAAUCUACAUCACAAGGCUGCUGUAAAAGCUUUAAUUGAUGAAAUGAAAUCGUACGGCAUAGAUGUCCAAUCAUAUAUAUCAGGCGAUACGUGGAUUACAUUAAGUCCAAGUACUUUAAGUUUCACAAAGCAAUUUAUUUUGAUUGGAACGGCUUGUGGUGUUUUGGGAAUGCCUGUUGAACGACGACAUUUAUCAGAGGCCUUGCUGUGCGAUAUGUUUUCAGCGCAUAUUAAAGUUAGGCCUUCGCAAAGUGAAAAAGUUGAUUCUGGUUUCCUGAGUAAAAAUCGUACCUUCCUGGUUGAAAAAGUAUUACCGCUGGUUACCGAAAAGUUUGAAAAAUCUACGGGUUUUCCAAGCCCUGCACUUAAGGCUUUAGCUGGACCUACAAAGUCUUACAGCACAGAAUAUUUGUAA